UGCGGGGUCUGCGCCCACUCAUUGCCCGCCGCACCUUGCCGCCCGCGGACCGCCAGUCAGCAACUGUGACUCGUGUUGGCUGAACCAUCAGUAGGGCCAUCUUCUUUUUCUUGCCGUAGGACACUCAAACAACAAACACAAAAUGGCGGAUGAUGAAAAAAAGCGUCUCGAGGAGGCGAAGAAGGCCAAACAGGCCGAAAUCGACCGCAAGCGUGCUGAGGUGCGCAAGCGUAUGGAGGAAGCCUCCAAGGCCAAGAAGGCGAAGAAAGGUUUCAUGACCCCCGAGAGAAAGAAGAAGCUUAGGUUGCUCCUGCGUAAAAAAGCCGCUGAAGAGUUAAAGAAAGAACAGGAACGCAAAGCAGCAGAGAGAAGGCGUAUCAUCGAAGAGAGGUGCGGUAAACCCAAGAACGUUGACGAUGCAAACGAAGAUACUAUUAAGAGGGUUUGCAAAGACUACCACACCCGCAUUGCCAACCUCGAAGACGAAAAGUUUGAUCUGGAAUACAUCGUUAAGAGGAAAGAUAUGGAGAUCUCUGACCUGAACUCCCAAGUCAAUGACCUCAGAGGAAAAUUCGUCAAACCAACACUCAAGAAGGUGUCCAAAUAUGAGAACAAAUUCGCCAAGCUCCAGAAGAAGGCGGCCGAAUUCAACUUCCGUAACCAGUUGAAGGUUGUCAAAAAGAAGGAAUUCACCCUCGAAGAAGAAGACAAAGAGGCUAAGAAAGCAGAGAAAGCUGAUUGGGCUAUCGGAAAGAAGUGAUUUAGCUUCACGCAUGAAUUACUGUUACAAUAUUUCCAUCACAUCGAUCCCUGAUGAAUUAUUUACUUUAAUUAUAAAUUAAUUUUUUUAAUAAAUUAUAUAUAUCGUUUAUUUUGGCUUUAAAAUUUCCCAUAAAAUUCAAAUAUAAAGGGAAAUAAGGUGAGAUCAGUUUGAAGCGAGCGUAUAAAUAAGCUUCCCUUUGCGCUACGAAUUGUGAAUAUUGUGUCAAUAACGUUUUGUUUUACGACCUCCCACUACCGCUUAAGCCAAAGUUAUCAGUCUUUAUAUAAAUAUCAAACGAUUACCUCCACAGCUUCGCAAAUCUUGAUUUAUUAUGAUUUCAGGGCUGAUUCAAGCUAUCGUUUCUAUGCUAAUGUUAACACAUUUCAUGAUUAACAAACUUCGCCAUUUUUCAUUUGAAUCAUUUUAAAUAAUAUAUUUUAAGGCGGCUUUAUUUAAGGUGUUUUAUUUUAUAUCUUUUGAGGUACUUUGUAACAGUUGAAUUUCAAUGAGUACGAUCUUUACAGGGUGGUGCUGGAGCCAAG